UCCCGUCUGAUGCGACAACUUCAGCAGGCUUAUGUCAGGCCUUGAGUGAUACGUGAUGAUGUUUAGAAUUUAGUUGAAGUUAAUAGCCUUAAAUUAGAGUUUCUUGUGAUUUGAGGAAAUCUAAACAUUGAACAACAUGAAUGGUCAACAGCUAACGAAUUCUAGUAAUUCAGCUAAUGGGACCCCUUCAAGUAGUUAUCCUGCGAGUUUGUCAUCACAGUCAUCUAGGGACCCCUCACCAGCAACUCGUCCGUUGAAGCCACCCAGUGAGCAAUACAACCAUGUUAUCAGUGCCCAGGCCAACCAUUGGCCCAAGGAUAAGCCGAAUGCCUUGCUGAGUAGCAUGCCGGAUCCUGCCAUCAGCCGGCCUGGACCGCAACUCCAUCGUAGCACACCUCUCUCUAGUCCUAUUCCGACCCCUCAGCCUCCUUCUACUUUGCACCAGUCACAGCCAAAUCUUCAAAGUUUCCAGACCACUACAACACAACCUGUAGGAGGACCUCCCGCUCAUCCAAGACCUUUGCUUCUAAACCAUCAAGCCAAGCCCCCAAAUCCCUCUAGUCAGUCUUUGUACAGACAACCUCCCCCUACCAGUCUAUCACAGUCCCUUCCACCAACUUCCACAACUCAGACAAUACCUUCCGUCCCCCUGGCCAACCAUCUUCCUCAACCAAACAGCAUACCUAAUCAAUUUCCCACUCCUGCAAGACCUCCUAACUAUUCAUCUACUCAAACCAAUCAACCUCUUGAACCACCUAGAUCUACCCAAAGUCCAUUGCAACAGUCUUUAAGCCAGUUUCAAACACAAUCUCCCGUACCUUCUUCCAAUAACCAAUUUACGCAACAUGCCAAUCAGUUUAAACCUCCCACACCACUCCAGCAUGUGUCAAGUCAGGGCCCAAGAUUACCCAUUCAGACUAGUCGACCUCCUUAUCAGUUUCCCCAAUUGCCUAACCAAAUAUCUCAAAGUUCAGAACAAAUUCCUCCAUCUUCAAACAAGCUUCCUCCAGCUCCUGAGCAAACUCUUCCAAAUCAUACAAUGCCUCAGCCUCAACAUCAAUUCACUCAAUCUUCAUACCAGUAUACUCCACCUCAAAAUCAAUUCUCUCAGCCUCAAAACCAGAUCAAUCAACCACCAAGUCAGUUUUUCAAACCUCCAAAUCAAAUGCCCCAAUCCCAAAAUCAAUUUGCCCAACCACCAGGUCAGUACCCUCAUCAGAUGUCUCCAGGUCAGCCUCCACAUUUGCAGACACAGUACCCUAACUCCACCAGCACCCCUACCCCUGGCUAUCAGCAACCACCCAUGCAGCAAAUACCUAAUCAAUUCAAUAAGAGAUAUCCUCAAAUGCCUCAAAAUCCUGGUUAUCAACAACAGCCUGGUUCCAUAGAUGGAUUAACACCUCAGUUGGCUGGAAUGACGGUGGUGCAGCAAGGUUUCAACAAACUAUGGGGGAUGGACACUGUAGACUUACUCAAGAGUAGGGAUGUGCUACCCAAGGAGAAGGUUGAACCCCCAGCAGUUCGACUGCAGCAUGAACUUUACGAGGCAGCCAACUGUAGCCCAGAAAUUUUCAGAUGUACGCUAACCAAAAUACCAGAGACCAAAUCAUUGUUAGAUAAAUCAAGACUGCCAUUAGGUGUCCUUAUUCACCCAUUUAAGGAUUUAAAUGGUGACUCUCAAAUUAUAGAAGAAGGUGCUACCGAUGGACUGUGGGAGCAGCAGACAAACCCUAAGCAACUCUCUGUGAUCCAGUGUACAGUCAUAGUGAGGUGUCGCAUGUGCCGCACUUACAUUAACCCAUUUGUUUACUUUGUGGACAAUAAAAGAUGGAAGUGUAACCUCUGUUUUAGAGUUAACGAAUUACCAGAUGAGUUCCAGUUUGACCCAAUGACAAAAACUUAUGGGGACCCUUCAAGAAGACCAGAGAUUAAAUCAGCUACAAUAGAGUUUAUUGCUCCUUCCGAAUACAUGGUGAGACCACCACAACCGGCCAUCUAUGUGUUUGUGUUGGAUGUGUCACGGCUAGCUUGCGAGAGUGGCUACCUGGACGUUGUGUGUCGCACUUUGCUAGCUGAGCUAGACAAUGUGCCGGGCGAUGCUAGGACCUCUGUGGCCUUUAUUACCUUUGACUCUGCCGUCCACUUCUACAGCCUUACCGAGGGCCAGGGUCAGCCCCACCAGCUGAUAGUGGUGGACAUUGACGACAUGUUUCUUCCAACACCUGAUAACUUGCUGGUGAGUCUGAACGAAUGUAGGGACCUGAUUAGAGACCUGCUAACACAGUUGCCCAACAAGUACAGGGAGUCAUAUGACACCCACUCUGCUUUGGGUGCAGCGCUACAGGCAGCCUACAAACUUCUGGUAUGUACUCAGCCUUCAUAAAUCUUAACAUGAUAG